AUGGAGAGCAAAAGUGUUAAGAACUCCAACAUUUUCCUCUUUGGCCUUUCGUUCAACUUGAUCCUCACGUUGGGUUCACUUGGCUUCACCAGCUAUUCUUUGCAUCGAUUAGAAUCACGUGUAGCAGCAGUUGAACAAGAUUUACUUGUCUUAAAUCAUCCGUAUCGGCUUGAUAAUCAUGGAAUUUCUAAACUAACCUCUACACACUCGCCUCCAAUAAGUGACUCGGAAAUGAACGGAAAACUCAGCAAAAGGGCUGUCGAUGGAUCAUCCUUGUGCCGCAAAUGUAACAGCGUUUGUUUAAACUCAAAGGAGCCUCGAAAGGUAGCCAAAUUCGAACGUUUUUUUCCGUCAAAGGUCAAAAUCACUGGAAUUNGACGAGGGAAGAAAGGAACAAGAGGUCCACCCGGUCCCCGGGGAAAGCGAGGAAGGAGAGGAUUUCCAGGACCCCCUGGGGCCGCAGGAAACCGUACUGGAGGACAUCGUUUGGAAAAACCGCAUUUCAUUUCAAAACCUUCUUCCUCUGUGGUGACAGUCAGGGAGAAACAAGAUGUCAUAUUACCGUGUAAAGCAGCUGGGUUCCCACAGCCGGUAAUCACGUGGUAUAAGAAUGGUCACCUGAUAGAAGAGAGACAACAAGUCAAGGCAGGGCGUGGUCUGGAAUUCAGGGAAAUCCAGUUUGAAGACCGCGGUAUGUACACUUGUACAGCGGAGAAUCUGUUUGGAAGAGAUCAGCUAUCAGUUAACGUAACUGUACAAGUACCAGCAAAAUUUGUGAUGAAACCAGAGAAAUCUGUAACCGCUUACAACACGUGGGACACCGUCCUCAAGUGCAAUAUUUUUGGCUACCCCACCCCUGAAGUUAAAUGGACAAAAUCACACGAGAAACUUCCCGUGGGCCGACAUGUUAUCUCUGGUAACACGCUUACGAUCAAAAACAUGACAGAGGAAGAUGCAGGUGUUUACACAUGCUGGGGAACCCAGCAGUUGGACCGUAAUGAUUACUUCAGUCCAGUAUCAAUAACGAUCGAAGUUGAAGACGUAGUGAAUCCGCACAUUGUUUCAAGUCCUGCACAGCAUAGCUUAGCGCUGCCCCGUUUCUGUUAUCUCUGCUUUUAA